UCAGCUUUUGAGUGGAAUAUUUAUUUUUAUUUAACUGUUUUUAUGAUGUUUUAACCACUCGUGUGGCCAACAUCGGGUAACUUUCUCUAUUUUGUGAAUACUGAUUGAGCAUUUCAUUCCAAUUUAGAGAAUAUAUAAGGUGACACCUGUGUUUUGAUUUAAAUUAGGUUUUAGUUCAGGAAUAAUUGAUGCUUCUUUUAUUUUUCUUCUACUAAUGUUGUUCUCAUUGCAUAAUAUUUUAAUGUUAAUUGGAUGUUGAUUUGUUGUGCUGUGUUCGUAAAUGUGUGAAGGGGGAUUAUUAUGUUCUUUGAUGCUAAUGCUUAUGUUGCAUCCAAUUUCACCUAUGUAAGUACUAAUGCAACGAUUGCAUUGAUACUUGUAGAUGCUUCCGUUGUUGAAGUUAUCAGAAUAAACCUUCCUUAGAGGUGCUUUGAUUUUAGUGCUUGGUGUUUGAAUAAAAGUAACUUUGUUGCUUAUUUUGUAUUUUUUAUGCUUGUUUCCAAAUGUUUAUGAUGUUUUUGGUUACAAGGCUAUGAUAUGGUUAGACACCUAUUAGCUUGUCAGAGUUUGUGCAUUUUGUUUCCUUCAUGGAGUUUAUGUUGUUUUCCCUUUCUUUUUGUUCUGUUAUUGAGUUUGUUUUUAUAUUGGCUAAAGUUCUAGUAACAAUGUAUUUAUGGAGACAACAUAUGUUAAUUAAUGUGUCAGAUAUUGACUCUAGCUCAUGCUACAGAUUAUUGCUACCACAUAUGUUAAAUGCUGUGUUGUAAAUGCAUGAUAACAUGCCAAUUUCUUGUUUAGUUGAGUGGGCCGAGUCUGACUUUAUAUAGUUGUUAUCAUUACUGAUUUGUAGAAGAUUUUCAUGUUAAAACAGUUCAGUAUUUCACAAAAUAGACAGUUACCUCAUGAUAGCCACAUGAGUGGUCAAAACAAUGUAAAAAAGUUAAAUAAAAAUAAAUAUUCCACUCAAAAGCUGUAUCUUUGGAGUUUUAUUUAAAGUGGGAGGUAGCUAUAAAUAGAGCUCAGUCAAUCUGGCGUAAUGUCACUGGGGGGAUACCUCAGGGCUUAGUGUUAGGACAUUUGCUGUUAUUGAUUUAUAUCAAUGAUACAGAUGAAAAAAUGCUCAAUAUUAUAUUUUUUUAAUUUUCUGAUGGUAUUAGGGCCUUGGGUAAUGAUGGCUGCAAGGAUGCUGCUGCUUUAGAAAAUAUUUGCAUUAUUUGGUAGGUUAGACAAAUAAAUGGGAAUAACCUUAAUAGUGUUAUGGAAGAAAAGGACCUUUUGGAUUCUAGUUGAUUAGUCUCUUAAGCCAGCCAAUCAAUGUGCUGUUGUUUAUAGUGAGAAUACAGCUAUUGAAUGGAGUAAAAUUUCGAUGUACAGUAAGAAUAUGGACAAAACUAACUUUGAUUGUGAAACUCUUGUUGAAGAAAUCUAUGAUUUGGUUAAAGACAUUCGUGACCCAGAGCUUCCUCAAACCCUGGAACAGUUGGAUGUGGUUAGUGAAAGUGAUAUUAGUGUAAAACCUUUUGGAGACAGUCUGUUAAUCAGCAUACAGUUCACUCCAACGGUUCCUCACUGUACCCUAGCAACACUAAUAGGUUUGUGCCUAAGAGUCAAGCUUGAGAAAUGUUUUCAGCAUAAAUUCAAGUUGGAUGUAAAUCUGAAGAAAGGAAGUCAUUCUACUGAAGAGGAAGUUAACAAGCAGAUCAAUGACAAAGAAAGAAUUGCAGCUGCCAUGGAAAAUCCAAGUUUAAGAGAGCUCGUGGAGCAGUGUACAAAGUCCCUAAGUGACAUAUGAUGUUUAUAUAUUUUUUUAUAAUCUGAAAGAUAAACAUCAGAAUGUAACACAGAAAACAAACUUUCUGUCAUGUCUGAAAGAUAUUUUGUCUAUUGAAGGAAAACUUUGAUACUUUUGGUUACUUAUUGCUGUUAUUAUAAGUUCUUAAUCAGUAAAUGUAUAAAGAUGUUCUGUUUUAUAAAAUAUGAAAAUGGUUUAUUACAACCAAAAAGUCUUUUUUUAUUAUGUAACGUGCACUAGUUGGCAGUUCUAUCGCAUUAAUAUCCUGAUAUAAAAACUAGAACUGAUUUUUUAGAUUUUGCAGUGUUCUUACAGACAAAAACAUUCAUAGAAAAUGAUUUGAAUCUCUGAAUAUCUAGAAAUGUUCCGUGUGAAGAAGGUUAGGUUUGACAAUUUGCUCAAAUAAAACAAUAUGCUGUUACAGUGACAGAAUCGGGAAAUACAAAAGUGAUUAAAGUAGUUAUAUAUGCAACUUAUAUACCCAACUUUCAUUGAUAUGACUAUGCUUACUAGAAAAGUUUAUUUCUACAGUAUUGCAUCAUAAUAUAUGAAAUCAGUUGAUUUGAUUUUGAAAACUGAGACUUUAACUAACAUACAUGUCUGAGUUCAUUUACAGGAAAUUUUGGUAAUAUUCUGUACUCUUCUCUAUGAACAAGGUGUCUGAAAAAUUAUGUUAGUUUGAAAGUUUAACUUCCUAGUUCUUCAGGGUCAUAUUCACUUUUACUACACAGUAGUGUAUAGUAAGAAUGAAUGUGGAACUACUUGGUCUGGUUUUUGUUCUGCUUAAUUUACAUAUAGUUAUUUGAAAUGGCUGUACAUUAAAAUGCUUGAUGUCAAGUAAAUGCUGUUUCCAAAAUAUUAAA